GACCUAUGGGAAGGACGUCAUAUGACAGGUUGUGAGGAAGAGACAACAUUAGUACUUGACUUUUUUCGCUUUCGCUACAUUUGGCAUUCAGUUGGUUGAAUGGAAACAACAAAUGCCGUACAGUCGAUCCAAGAUUUUACACCAUCUUGUGCUGCUUCAUGCAAAUGUAAAGGAUAUCAGGAUGUAAAAGAAGACAGCAUACAAACUGAAACCAAAGUACAAGGUCAUGGACCCAGACUGUCCAAAGCUAACCUCUUCACCCUGCUGAGUCUUUGGAUGGAACUGUUCCCCAGGGAGGAAAAAGAAGACAGAAAUGAGAAUGAGAUUGUAGCUCAGACGCGGAGUACAGGUCUGGUGGUGGUCCGGGACCAGAGGGUGUUGGGUCUCCAUUGCUCCGGUUCUGAGCUCCAUGCUGGGCAGGUAGCUGUGAUCAGACAUGGGCCCAAGCUGGCUGCUUCAGAACUCUACUUUUCUAGGAAACCCUGUGCCACCUGCCUCAAGAUGCUCAUCAAUGUUGGGGUAAGCCGCAUCUCUUUCUGGCCUGGCGAUCCGGAGUUUAGUCUGUUGGUGGGGGGAUGUAACGGGAUGGACUCCAUUUCCCAAGAAGCAGUGCUGGAUGCCAUCGCGUCAGAGAAGCUCAAGUCUAACAGCCGGCCUCACAUCGGUGUGGCAAUGCAGCCCCUGGCCCUUAGCUUCCAGCAGUUCGUGAUGGAGACCUCUAGUGGGUGUGAAUUCAUGGGGAGGAUAUCAGAGGACUGCCCUGACCUGGACAUUGGGGACUUGUUCCAUAGGCAGAUGAAACAGAACAUGGACACUUUCUCCAGAGAGUUCCUCAUCUUACAAGAACAGCGCCACCGUGACAUUCUCGCCACAAUAGGUCUUGAGAACUUCUGCAUGGAGCCAUACUUCUCCAACCUGCGCCAGAACAUGAGAGAGCUGGUUAGGGUUCUGGCCUCUGUAGCUGCCAGUGUGCCUCUUCUCCAGCAUGGCUUCUAUAGGAAGGACCCCCAGCCUACCGCUUCAGAGUCGGUCCAACCUCCCGGGGUCUCUCAGGAGACUGCCAGACACUGCACAAUACAGGCCAGGCUAUUGGCCUACAGAACAGAGGACUCUAAGAUCGGGGUCGGUGCUGUCAUUUGGGCAGAGGGAAAAUUUGGUGGCUGUGACGGCACUGGACGUCUGUACCUUGUGGGUUGUGGAUACAAUGCCUAUCCUGUGGGCUCAGAGUAUGGAGAGUACCCCCAGAUGGGCAACAAGCAGCAAGACCGCAAGAGGAGGAAAUAUCGCUACAUCAUCCACGCUGAGCAAAAUGCACUCUCCUUCAGGAGUGCCGAGAUCCGAGAGGAAGAGAACACUAUGCUGUUUGUGACUAAGUGUCCGUGUGAUGAAUGCAUACCUCUGAUCCAAGGAGCUGGGGUCAAGCAGAUCUACACUACUGACCUGGACAGCGGCAAAGACAAGGGAGACAUCUCCUACCUCAGAUUCAGCGGCCUCAGAGGAGUGUUGAAGUUCAUUUGGCAGAAGACAUCUCUAACAAGGUGUGCCUCUGAACAUGCUGGUCCUCAUCUAGCCAACGGAUGUGUGGGGAAGCACAGAAGACAGGCUGAACAGGAACCCUACUGUAAUAAGAGGCCGCGGUCAGCAAUGACUGAAGACCAUACUCCCUGUUUGUUGAACAAUGGUCUGGGUCCUUUGGCAUCCAGUCCGGUUUCACCGGACUAAAAUCUCCAGGUCCUGGUUUGGAAUACCUGGUAACACUUUGGAAUGGAAACCCUUCAUUUGUCUAGUCACAUACAGAUCAGUAAUUCCUUUAAACAAGCAAGGACAGUAUAAGGAAGGAUGCACUUUAACAACCUUGGGUGAUUUGUUCUACUAAUUGGUCUUUUAACCGCUGACAUUGUAAUGACCAAUAGUUUUCAAAAACAAAUUACAUGUAGAUGGAGUUCAAAAUGCAUGGCUUGUAUGUAUAAGAGAACUGUAAAUGUGAUCUAAUUGUUUGUCUUAGAGACUUUUAAAUUAAACUCGGGAAAAGGGUACUGAUUGCGGCUCUAAGUAUAAAAAGGUUCUUCCAGCACAACAAAACAUGGCCCAGAUUUGAGGUAACUGGCUCUGUUGUAAUUUUAAGUUAGAAUAGUAUUGUAUAGACAGAGACCCACAACCAAAUAUUAAAGGGGCCAUGUGUAUGCCUUUUUACUGUGCUACAAUGGCAUAAAUACAAUCAUAAAUUACCAGAAGACCUCUCCACAAAAUAGUUCCUUUUGCCUGAGAUAUUCCCCAUUUUAACGUUCUCACCAGUCUGUCUACUAGUCUCUUCAUACUCGCGUUAGGCACUUGUUUAUAACAAAACAAAGGAAACAACAUAGGCAUUUCUACUCUUUAUUGGUGAUGUUGUACAGUAGCAUCAAUGGGGAAAACACAUGGCUGUUUUUUUCAAAUUAAGUCCCCUGGUUGACUUGUCAAAAUGUUUAACCAAAUAUAGUUGAUCAUUUUAGUCAAGUAAAAUGGUUUAUCCAAAGUUGAUGUUACUGAUUUGGCUACGCUGCAUUUUCUUUUUGAUGUGAAUCUCAUUUCUAUGGCUGAGUUUAAAUAGGCAGCCCUACUCAUAUCACCACUGCAUAAGGUCUGUUGUAAUUAUUCAUACCAAAAAAAUAAUAAACAAAUUCAGACAACCUCCACCUCCUAUCAAUUUGGAAAAUAUUUGGUGUGCCUUUGGUGGUCCAUCGACAGCACUGAUCAAUUACCACUCAUCAGAUACUGCUACAGUAUUCAGAGUCAGGGUAUGCUAAAGAUUCUUCAAUAUAUUUUAAACAUUUUAGCAGAAGCAAUUGUUUUGGUUGGAAAUUGCAGAGCUUCUUUAACUGCAGUCCUGUAGCCAAAUCUUCUAUUUAAA